GAUAGCGCCAUGGCUAGCCGCCAGCCACUCUGCUGUGCCGUUUGAGCAUGGCGAAGGAGAAGAUGAUUACCUCCUUCAAGGAAGUUGGUUCGCCUAUGAAGAUGCGAUCGAUGACUGGUGUGACAUCGCCUGGCUAGGCAAUGGCAAGAGAGGACCAGCAUUGCGAAACCGUCUUGAAGGUGAAGCUGCAAUCCACAAGUGGCUCCUGGACAGAGAUCGCCUGAAGGACCCGAACAACGGAGUGAACUACUUCAAGAGUUUCCUGCGGCCGCUCUUCGUGAAGAGCGCAGCCAAUGUGUUUGUCUACCGCUUCCAGCAGUUCAUGAAAUUGCACCGCGGCAAUGGAGAUAUGACGAUUCCGAUCACGGCCAACAGCCCUCAUCUUUGUGUUGUGUCCUUGUCCGACCUCACACAGGAUCAACGACAGGUUUUGACACGCGCAUCGGAACCGUGUGCUGGUCAUGGUGGCCGGAAGACCUUCCUGGCGAUUGAUGAAGGCUAUCUGGAUAACCACGAAGGCUACUGGGUCGUGGAUGAAGAGGGUGGCACAGAAGGUUUUCUCGAAGCCGAUGACGACACCUUCUGGGUCUACGACGAGGAGAACUACACAUGGUUCCCGCGAGGAUUCCAAG